AUAAAGAUUUCGCAUGUGGAUGUGUCUUCGGGGGCUAUAAAAGAGACAGCCAGCUGCCGAAAUAUUUCAGUUUGCUCAUCAACAAAGCGAAGACAACUAAUUUCCAUCAAAAUGAAUUUCUCCUGGCUCGCUGUCUUCAUUCUGGCCAUCAUUGCUGUGGCUGUUUCGGCCAAGCCUCAAUGCCCGGCACCAUUCAAGAAGGAGGGACCCAAGUGCGUAAGCGAUCGCAUCAUUCGCGGCGAGUGCCCACACGAUUCCCAGUACAAUGCCAAUAUCAACAAGUGUGUCUACAAGUCCUAAACAAAAUAUUAAAUAACAACUAAUCUGGCAAAUCGAA